GUGUGUGUGUGUUUGUGGGAUUUGUGGGUGCAUUAUCCGGAGCAUCUACGAUCGCAAAACAAACGCGAGCGUACGGUUUGCCUACCGAAGCGAUGUGUCGAACGGUGCAAUUGCAUCUACUACUACUAUUUGCCUCUUAGACCCUAGUAGGGAGGGGCGGUCUUGGUGUUUGCUUGCAGUUGCAACACUUUACGUACCAUUGUUUUUGUUUGAUAUAAAACGAAUCCUAUGCGCUUCAUGCUUGCUUAGUGAAUUGUAGCCCUUCUGCCAGCGCACAUCGGAGGGAUGUUUUGGGAGUGUCCGUGAUUUGCACGGAUCGUAGCUGAGUGCAAACAACUACUGAUGCGGUGCUAGGGUGUACUAGUGCGAGUGAAUCUGUGCUGUGAAGAAAUAGGACUCCUUUUUGGAGGAGCAAGAAUCAAACAAAACAAACACUCCCUUAAGAACUGGAAAGACCUACCGGGGUGGUCCUGUUAUUCUCUGAAGAUUGGUUGCUAGUGCAGUUGCCACAAUAUGGCGCACGUAGUGACAGUGGUGUGUUUAAUGUUUAUGGUGAGCACUAUCAAACAUCAUCAUGCCAUCAACGCCGCAAUCAAUCAAUUACUUCUUCAAGCUGUGGCUGUGGAAGAUCUUGAAAUGGAAAACCUCUGAACUUUUGUUGAAUUCCACUAAAUCCCAUUGGCAAUAAGUUGUCAUGCGUUUCUCAAGUUUUAUGUCUACUCUAGUAGAUCUUUUGUGAUAUCAUUGAGUUUGCGACAUUGAGACGUUGACUUCUUCAAUUACAAUUCAAGCAUCAAUAAUUCUACUGCAUACCCCAAAGUCUGAAGAAUUAUGCAAGAGAGUUCUGUUCCAAUUCAAAAUCUACGCCACAGCUUGAUCCCUAUCUUCCAGACCCUUUGCAGUGACCACAGUGUCCGUCUCCACUCAUCCCUAUCCUUAUCCUUCCAGCAACUGGGCAAUCUUGCCGCCCGUCCCGAACCGCCCGUGCUCGGUCCGUCGCCCGGUUCGCACGACACGGGUCCGGGAGGGAGCUCCCUCGGCUACAGCUACGGGCCGCCGGCGCCGCCCUCCCCAUCCAUCACGAUCAACAGCUACGGGUCGGCCACGUCCGAGUACGGACCGCCGACGCAGGCACCCAUCAUACACAAGCACGUGUACGUGCACGUACCACCGCCGGAGCCGGAAUACGUAACGACCAGGAAACCGAUCGUUGUGCCGCCGCCCCAGAAGCACUAUAAAAUCGUCUUCAUCAAGGCGCCGUCGCCCCCGACCCAGGCCCCACCGGUGCUGCCCCCGAUCCAGCAGAACGAGGAGAAAACGCUCGUGUACGUGCUGGUGAAGAAGCAGGACGAGCCGGAAGAGAUCGUCAUACCGACGGUUGCGCCAACGCCCCCCUCCAAGCCGGAAGUGUACUUCAUCCGUUACAAAACCCAGAGAUCAUCGGCCGAGCACGGGAGUAAUGGCGGUGGACCAUAUCCGGAGAGCGGCGCGCCAACGCCUCCGACCGAGUACGGGCCACCGCCAGUGCCGAGCCAAAGCCCCAGCAACAGCUACGGUGUACCGCUAUAGGUACAUCCUGGGCGAGUACCUCUACCACAAAUAUCUCAAGCUGUACGGUUUGCCGCCGGAAGCGGCGGACGACCACUGUUUGGGCUUGUUUUCGGACUGAAAUCGGACUGAUUGAAGCGCAAACACGUGCGACGGCGCAGCUGAAUUUAUGUUAUGUUCAAUAUCUCUAUAUUUCUUCAUUCACUCUAUCUCUGCCCCGCGUUCGCUUCCCACCAAACGAUUCCCUCUCGCUCUGCUACGUCGUCGUCGUCGUCGUCACAGGUGUACUUAAAUAGUGGUAUAACGCAACGAAAGAGAAAACAAAAUGAAACGUAAAAACAAAACAAAACAAAAAACAAGUACACUAUAACAUGUGCUCUGCCACCUGGGUUCAAAGCAUUCGGCUUGUGUGUCGCACACCAUCGGUCUGCUGGAGGGCUUGAGGUCAACCAAAGCGCUGGCAGCAUUCCGCAAGCCGUAACGCAGGCGCGCACGAGAUAGAGAGAGAGAGCGCGAGCGAGCGAGCGAGAAAUCGUCAGGGAAGCGAUCGAGUGCGGCGCGUGCACGAUCGUGCAGGAAAAGAGAUGGAAACGUUUGAACCUGUCGUUUGCAUAGAGAGUGGGGGGGGGGGACGAAGGGGGAGAUAAUAAUAAAAAAGAUGGCUGGCAGUAGCAAUAGAGCGAUAAAUAAUUUAACCGAGUAUUAAUUUGCUACGUGCUGCGGGUGCGUUCGGCGCACGCGCGUCCGCUUGGUGUGCGCGUGUACGCCAUUUCGCUUGCCUCUUCUUGGGGAGUUUUGUCUUUGCUUACAUGCUAGAGAAAAUUUGUCACCGCUUUUUUGUUUUUGUGUCCUAACUUUUAAACAUUGUGUGUGUUUUUUUUGUUGUAUGUGCUAUUAUUCACAUCUUUUUUCACCUUACUUUGCGAAAGUGGUUCGCAUUUUUUUGGGGCGUUUGUUUACAAAAAUUGUACUAACUAAGUUGUUUGUUUUUUUUUUUUUUGUUUUGGA